UUUUUGUGUUUGCUUUUUCAUGACAGACACAUAUUUCUGCUCCCAGCGCUGAUUUGAAACUGCCAUGGCUUUCCUGAAAUGUUUCCUCAGUCUUUGUGCUCUUCUACAUUGUUUGCUUCCUCUGUUACAUUUGGUGCACUGUGAUGUUGAUUUAGAAGAGCUUUUUAAAGGCUUUAACAUCUACAGAAACUCAAAAGACAGGUCGGCUCUUGCCCAGAACUCGAAAGCAAAGUGUAUAGCAGAGCAAAUUGCAAAGAACUGGUAUAGUCAAUUGCCUUGCAGUGCUGCCAUUGAGGGCGACGUCCUUUUGCCAUCCAACCAGAGCCAACUUCCUUUGUUCACAGAGUACUCAAGAAAGUGCGAAGUUAACCUCAAUCAUACAGUAGAUGGGGUUAUUUUACCAGUACACGUCCCUAACUCAGCAGAUAAACUUAUGCUUACUAAUUGCACUCAUUCUCAGGCUCCGAAGUAUUUGGAUAAUGCAACUUACACAAGUGUAGGUCUUGCUACAAAUGAAGACUGUUUAGUGAUUGCUUUGGGUACGGAUGCAAUUAGUGGAAGCUAUUCCGCUGGUCUAUCUUUGGUUCCACAUACUUGUUGGGUUUAUUGGCUGGGAUUUUUGUUUUUGUCAAUUCUUUGUUUUGGUGAAGGUGAAAAGCUUUUGUUUUCUUUCAUUCUUUAAAAUUGUUAUCUACGAUGUAUAGUCCAUGAUUGUCCCAAGGAGUUAUGUAAUGCUUUACACUGAACAUCAGCAUAUUAAUAUAAAGGAUAUUUAAAAGGGGCAAACAAGUGUUCUCUUUUCUUUGUA